AAAUGUUAUUGUCAUUGCGCUUUUGUGUGAAAAAAAACUGGAAAUUCCAAAUUAGCUCCAUUUAUUCCAUUUUAAAUUAAAUUGUUGAUAUGCUAGUAUCCCACGGAGAUAGUUGGCAAGAAUGCUAUCAGCCUAACCUCUGUUAUUCCGUAAUCAGGCUGGUCAGAAUGAGUGUAAAGUAAAAGAUCUUUAUUUAUUUACUGGCUGAUGCCUGCGGCUUCGUUCGCGGCGAAAUUUUUGCACAUUCCCGCAACAGUAAACAAGAUAUGCCAUGGAGGGGGACGGAGAAGGGAUGGUGGCUAUCAUCAGGGGACUCCAAGAUUCAGGGUUGUCAGUCACCCUGACAAGCGGCGAGCUGCCAAGGACUAGUAUCUAUGCAACAAGGAAUUACGCGCCUCAGGCGGCUUCCACCAACGAACCAUCGAACAUCAAGGCGCCUAUUAGCACCAACAACAGUGCGCAGGCGUGUGACGACAUAUACACCAGUACAUAUCAGAUGGCGCAUUGCAACAUGAGGUCGUCUUCUCCACCGAUACUUCUUAAAGAGUUUCCGAUGAGGAAGAACAGUAGCAACAAUGACGGUAACUUCCAAGUGGGCUGGGAGCGGAGCGGUAGCGGCGAACUGCCCGCCCGCUCCAACGGCCUCCGGACAGCUGGCACCAGCACGUACAAGGCUAGCUUCCACUUCCCUUAUAGAGGUGCCCUAGAUUUCGACAAGCGCUCGUCGGAGGCGUUCGCCGCCUCCCUCAGGAGGUACUCCCUGUCUCCCGUGAGGUCCCCCGGUGCAGAGCUUGUCCAGAAACUUAUUUCGUCCACGCUUAAUAAGAACGCAACGACAGCAGCCAGUGCCAAAAUGACCCGAUCCUCGCUCAAAAAAAGGUCGGACCCUGAUAGACAGAAGCUAAAAGACAAAGACAUACAGACAUAUGUUCGUAUUAGACGUAAGAACAAGGAGGGCGUUGACAAUGCUAAAAGUAAUUCUGCCAAACGAAUGAGGCUUCAUUCUCCGGUCAAAGAUGGCAGAGACAAAAGGUUCAAAGACAACCAGCUGAACGUGAGUUACGAUUAUCUGAAGUCCACCUCGGGCAACUGCUAUAGCAAGUUGGCUGAGGUGAGGUACCUUAGCGACGUCUCCAAAUGCAUCAGGGAGACUAUUAAACAGAUCGUCGAAGAACAGUCCAGCCACGCUACGACGUGUACCCAAAUGCAAAAUCGCUAUCUCGCGCACAGGAAGAAAUGUCAGCACAGAGCUUCGGGCAGUUCUAAACAGACUGGUGUACAGGCUCAACCGUCGUCACCGGAAGCCAAAAGCACAGAGACUAUGGAUUCAUUACAAACAUGCCUCCCCUCGUGUCCAUUUUUGGCUCCACGUGUAACCAGUUGCAUGUGCAAAAAAGAUCUAACCGGCAGAGGCUCGAAGGAAGAAUUUGGCCGCCAAGUGUCGGAAAAAAUUGCUAAAUGGCUGUUAGACGUGCCAGCUUAUGCCAAUAUGAGCGCAGGCGAUAAACAAAAGAGAGUUGAAAUGGUCGAACAGUUAGCUAAUGCUAUAGUUGCCCUCAAAGACGAUGAAGAUAUCGAAGAAAAAGCCAAUAGGGAGAUUGAAAAGAUCCUCGAAACUCUUCCCAUGUGGCUCCCAAGUACAAAGUCCGAAAGGGAUGAAUUCAAAAAACAAAUCACUGAUAAUCUAAUGAAUAAACUAAACAAGGUAUUCAAAGGCAUAGAUAAACUUGAUGAAGAAGUUAGUAAAUGGAUCGAUGAAAUCCCAUUUAAGUAUAGAGAUAGUCUAGGAGGAGAAGUGGAUAAGGACAAAAUUGCUAGUAUGAUUACAGAUCGAUUGAGACCUUUGAAAAUAGAUAAACAGGAUGAUGACGAGGCAUUGAGAAAUGAAAUACUUGAUAUUCUUAAUGAAUUACCAAUAGAUACUGUUGGAAAGAAAGAACAAUACUUAGACAAUUUAGCUGAUAAAUUAACAAAUGUAAUAAAAUCAAUACCUGUAAGUGAAUUAAAGAUCUCUUCCGUUAAAGGCGAUGAAUUUGACAAGAAAAUUGCACAAUGGAUGAAAGAAAUUAAGUUUAAAAAAAGAGAUAGCCUUGGACAAGAAGUCGAUAAACAGAAAAUCGCUAAAAUUAUUGCAGAUAGACUUAAAUAUAUAGCUCUUGACAGACCAGAAAAAGAUGAUGAUUAUCGCGAGGCAUUGAAGAAUGAAGUAAAAGAUAUACUUGAUGAUCUACCCCUUGAAAUUGCUGGUAGUAAAGAGAAACUUAUGGAAAAAUUGGCUACCAAAUUGACAAGUACGCUUGAAACAAUUCCUGCAAGUAAAAUACAACCAGUUGUUGAUAAAAUUGAUGAAACAAUAUCACAGUGGAUUGCUGGUGUUAAAUUUAAGAAACAAGAUAGUCAAGGGAAUUUAGUUGAUAAACACAAAAUCGCUCAUUCAUUAGCUGAUAGAUUGAAACCAUUAGCAAUAAACAGACCUGAAGAUGAGGACGAGUAUCAUGAAUUACUGAAAAAUGAAAUUGUCGACAUUCUUGACGAGCUGCCCAUUGAAAUUGCUGGAAACAAGGAACAAUUUGUAGAAAAACUCGCUAGUAAAUUAACAAAUUUGAUUAAAAAAAUACCCGCUAGUGAAAUCAAACCGAAACCCACAGGCGAUAAGUUUGAUAACAAAAUUGCACGGUGGAUGGAUGAUUUAAAAUUAAAGAAAAGAGACAGUCAAGGAAAUGUUGUUGACAAAAACAAAAUUGCUGAGGCAUUUUCUGAAAGACUGAAGUCUAUAGCUAGUGAUAGACCAGAAGAUGACGAAGAAUAUCAAGAAGUAUUGAAACAAGAAAUUAUUGACUUUCUAGAUGAAUUGCCUAUAGAAAUUAAAGGAGAUAAGGAACAGUUUGUAGAAAAACAAGCUGACAGAUUAAUUAAUAAGAUUAAAAAAGUUCCUGUCAGUGAAAUCAAACCUAAAAGUGACAAAUUUGAUGAAACAAUUUCACAGUUGAUUAAGGAUGUUAAGUUUAAAAAAAGAGAUAGUCAAGGAAACGUAGUUGAUAAAAGAAAAAUUGCUGAUACUUUUUCUGAAAGAUUGAAACCUAUUGCUAUUGAUAGACCUGAGGAUGACGAAGAAUAUGAAGAAGUAUUGAGACAAGAAAUUGUUGAUGCCUUGGAUGAAUUUCCCAUAGAAAUCAAAGGAGAUAAGGAACAGUUUAUAGACAAACUAGCUAGCAAAUUCACAAAAGUUAUAAAAAAAAUUCCUACUACUGACAUCAAGCCUAAAGGUGAUAAAUUUGACGAAAAAAUUUCACAAUGGAUGGGAGAUAUUAAGUUCAAGAAAAGGGAUAGUCAAGGAAAUGUAGUUGAUAAAAGAAAAAUUGCUGAUGCAUUUUCCGAAAGACUUAAAUGUAUUGCUGUUGAUAGACCGGAUGAUGAUGAAGAAUAUCACGACGUAUUGAAACAAGAAAUUGUAGAAGCUCUGGAGGAACUGCCCAUAGAAAUUAAAGGAAAUAAAGAACAGUUUAUAGAUAAACUUGCCAACAAACUAGCUCAUAUGGUUAAAAAAAUACCUACCGAUGAAAUCAAACCAAAAAGGGAUAAAUUUGAUGAAACAAUUACACAAUGGAUGGGAGAUAUCAAGUUCAAGAAAAGGGAUAGUAAAGGAAAUGUAGUUGACAAAAGAAAAAUUGUCGAUACAUUUUCUGAAAGGUUAAAAUCUGUUGCUAUUGAUAGGCCAGAUGAUGAUGAAGAAUAUAAUGAGAUAUUAAAAAAGGAAAUAAUCGAUAUAUUAGAUACAAUGCCUAUAGAAGUUAAGGGAAAUAAAGAACAGUUUAUAGAUAAGCUAGCUAGUAAACUAACAAAUACGAUUAAGAAAAUACCUACCAAAGAAAUCAAGCCAAAGCCCAUAACGAAAAAUAAAAUUCAAGAAAAAAUCGUAGACUGGUUGAAAGAUAUACCAGAACUUUCUUCCAUAGCAGCUGAUAUGAAGAACAAAGAUAAUAAAAAAAUGAUAGAAAAAUUAAUAAAAAAAAUACAAACAUUGCAGUCAAAAGGAGCUGACAGCGAAGACAUGGAUAAUGAAAUCCAAAACUGGUUGCAAGAUAUUUUAGAACAAGAAGGCAGCAACAUAGACCCAAAAACCAAAAGUCUUCUAUCUGAAAAAUUGGUAGAAAAUUUGACAGGUAAACCAGCAUCUGGGCAUAAGCGUAGAUCGAAUGUUGAUUACAAGGACGAGUGUUCUGAAGAAAUAAAGAAGUGGUUACAAAAUAUACCAGAAUUGUCUGGAAGUAAAGAAGAAAACAAUAUUAUGGCAGAAAUUCUUGCUAAAAGGUUACAAGAACUUCAAUCUAGAGGUGUAGAUGAUAUUUACGAAAUUCAAGACGAGAUUAUUGACUGGUUACUUGUUGAGUCUGAAAAAAAAGGUUUAAAUUUAGAUGUUAGAGCAAAAGACGAUCUCAUAAAUCAACUUGCAAGGAAAAUUGCCAAAGUAAAACCAGCAGAACGAUUUGGUGCUGAAAUUAAAGAUACAAUUAAUGAGGAAAUUUGGAGUGGGCUUAAAAAUAUACUAGGCAUCAAAGAAUCUGAAAAGCAUAAAGAUUUAAUAAAACAAUUACAAGAAAAGGUUAUUUCUAUGUCAGAAGAGCAUGGAGAAGACGUAUCAGAAGAAGACAUACAAAAAGAAAUAACACGUUGGUUAGAUAAAUUUGUUGAUAGAUCCGGUUUAGAUAUUGACUCUGAGGAUAGAUACAAACUAUUGGAAGAUUUGACUUCUAAAAUGAAGAAUAUUUUAAAGCCAAAUGCCAAAUAUAAUGACUUAAAGCAUUCUAUUUCAGAUAAAAUCUCUGAUAUUUUGGAUAACAAUACUUCGAAAAUGAGUCCAAAACAAAAGAAAAAUGUACAGAAAAAAGUUUCAGAAUUAUUAGCCAGAACUUUGGACAACAUUGCUUGGGACGAUACUUAUAAAUUAAAACAAAAACUAUUGAAAAUUUUGGAACAGGAAACCAAAGUUUCACCUGAACACGCCGACAAGUUAGCUGAAGCUUUCAUAAAUAUAGCGAAAGAAAAAUCAAAGAGUGAUGGUUCAGUAAUUACUGGACGUCGGCAACCGAUCAAACUUGAACCCACAAUAUCUAAGAAUGUUGAAGAAGUUAUUCAAGAUAAACUUAAAAAUACUCUUGAUGAUUUCGAGAUCAAUAACCCUAAAGAGGUCCAAAACCAAUUAGCUAACUUGAUGGAAGAACAAAUUACAAAGGGUUUGGACACAAAAUCAGCAAGGAAACAAAUACAGGGUAUACUGAAGUCCACGAACCUAUCAAAAGACGAAGUCAAUGAUCUCACUAGAACACUAACUUUACAGACUAUAGACUUGUCAUCACAUGAUGAUGAUGCAAUCCUGCCUUCUGAGUUCACAUCGGCAGAGAGAGAUUUAUUUGAAGAGAGUGCUCAAAAUGAUAUAACAGAAUUUAUUGAUGAUAUGACUGAAAAUAUGGAUCCAAAAUACAAACGGAAAGUGGCAGGAGCUGCACAAAAACUGGCUGAAAGAUUGGGCAAUGUUAUUUCAGAUCCAAAUAAAUCAAUGGAUGAUAAAGUCGAUAUACUUAAUGACGAAGUAUCUAAUUUUUUGAAAAGUUUAUCAGUUCCUGAGAUGUAUGGUCCAUUACUUGCUAAACAAUUGCAAGAAUUAGCUAUGAGUUCUACACCACACCGAUCAAUGCAAAAUUUUUCAUUUACCCCUAAAAGGACUAGCUCUGCUAUAGGUGACAAUUUUACAUCCACCUUGGAAGAUAUCGUUCAGAAUUGGAUUCAUGGUCUACCUGUAAACAUUGAAGAUAGAAGUGAUGCACGCCACAUAGCCAGAGAUUUAGCUAACGACAUAGCUGACAGGCAAAAGUAUUUGCAAAGCCAUCCUGAUAUAAAACAAAGUGAAGAAGAAAAAUUAGAAUUUUUAAAAUAUCAAGUAUUUAGGGCAUUAGGAAAAUUGGUAGAAGGAAAAGAAUUAGCAAAAGUUAUUAAUGAGACUGCAUCCUUAUUACAUCAAGUCAAAGAAAUUGGCUCACCAUUAGAAACUUCACUAACCGAGGAAGAGCGUGUGAAUGAAUUCAAUAGUGCAAUCUCUCAAUGGGUCAGCGACAUAUCUGACGAAAUGAAACAAGAAUAUUUAGACAAUAAUAAAAAAAUUCAAAUAGUUAAUGAUUUGGCUGAUAAAAUACUAAAAAAGGGGAAAUUGGGACAAAAUAUCGAUGAUGAAAUUAUUGGUUGGUUAACAUGUAUUGUUAGGAAUACAAAUCAAGCAAAUAUUAAAAACCUAAGUGAUAACCUAAAACAAAGGCUCAUAGCCAAAGGAUUGAUUAAAGAAAUCGCUGAUGCUACCAGCCAAUCAAUGAGUGGAAUACAGCAAGAUACUAAUCAAUUUCUAGAAGAAAAUUUAUCCUCUGGUGUUAUCGAUUGGUUAAAAAGUUUACCUCUGUAUCAGCGAAGGACUUCUAAUGAAAAACGGAUUCAAGAAAGCAUUGUCCAGGAUAUUGUUAAAGACAUCCAAAAUCUAAUUCUUUCACCUUCAGAUGAAACGGAUUUCGAUGUACAAAUUCUGCAAAUGGUGAAAAAACAUAUCGAAAAGUUUCCUAUGGACAAAGAGCUCAAGUCAGAUAACGCUCAUAUUGAAAAAGUUGCAGCUCAGCUUGUAGACUAUUUGAAUAAUAUGCAAUUGUUUGAUAAUAUAUCUUCAAGACAAUCUAUUCACCCUCUUGAAUAUUUAGUUUCAACGGUGAAUGAUUGGAUGAACACCAUUCCGAUAGAUUCUUCAAAUUUUGAUCCAAAACAAAUUGAUGAGGUAAAAAUGAACUUUUUAAAUCGCUUGAAUCUUUUGCUAAAAGAUUCAUCUCAACAAAAUGAUCAAAUAAUAAAAGAUGAAAUAAAAAGAGUUUUAGAAACUUUGCCCAUCGCUAGAACUAAGUUUAAUGAUCCAAAAUUUAUUAAUAGUAAAACUGAAGAAUUGUUUAGUAGAAUCUUGGGAACGCCUUUUUUAUCAAAACCAAGCAGACCAACAAUAAAUAGAGAUUUAGUGGAUUCCGCUGUACAAGAUUGGUCGACUAAAUUACCUUUUCAACCGGGAAAAUCUCGCAACAGCGUUACUGAUAAAAUACAAAAUUUUACAUCAGAUAUUUCAAAUAUGUUACAAAACACGAAGGUUACUGCAGUAGAUAAUUAUAAAGACAAUUUGCUAGACAAAACUGUUGAUUUCUUGAAGCAGUUGCCAAUACAGAAUCUUCCACCGGAUGAACUAAAGAGUCUUGCUAAUGAAUUAUUGAAAAUUAUCAAGAACAAAGCAGCUGACUUAUCUCCAAAACCAGUUUCAAGAAGUGCUGCAGACACCUUAUAUGAUAAUAUUGCAACUUGGUGUGAUGAUCUUCCAAUAUCUGAAGGCAACACACCAGAAGAAAAGGAAAGAGUAAAUACGAUAAAGCAAAACCUUGCUAGUAAACUUGUGAAUAAAAUUGGUGAAUUAAAUAUGAACCCUGAAAUAUUCAACGACGAUUUUCUUUACAACCAUUUAUUGCAACAGGAAAUUGAUGAUUUAUUAAAUGAUUUGCCACCUAGUCCAGAAAUAACAAAUAAUUUGCCAUCUAUUAAAGAAAAUCUAAUGAUGAAAAUAAGAGAAGCCAAAGAAAAAACUAAAGACGAGUUGGCAGGACAAACUUAUAAGCAACAACUACGAGAAACUAUAUCAAAAUCUUUGCCUUAUGACGCGAAUCUUACUCCGGAAGGGCCUGAAUCAUUUGAAGCAUUAGUGGAUAAUUUGGCAGAUGCGUAUGUAGAUUUACACUUCAUAACAGAUAAUGAAGAGCAAAAGGCAAAAUACAAAAAGAAAAUUGCAGAUGAAAUCACUAAGUACUGUAAUGACUAUCUCAAGCGGCAUCCAGAAACUCCUAUAGACCCCACAAAAAUAAAUCAAGAUUUGUAUAAUGCAUUAAAAAGUAUUCCGACACCCAAAGAUGAAAUAAUCAGAUCUGAAGCAGAACACGUAAGAAUGAAGGAUGAAAUAAAUGACUGGAUUAAAGAUCUUCCUUUAACUGAAGGUUCAGGUCCACAACCAGCACAGAAAAAUAAGAUGGCAUCAGUAUUAGCGAAAAAACUACUCGAAGUAGAAAAAGAGAAGGAAGCUAAUCCAGACAUGGAUUAUGAAGAAAAAGCGCAUAAAGAAAUAUCAAAAUUGUUAAAGAAAUUACCAAUCAAGCCUGGAAAAGAAGAAGAAGUUGAUUUCUUGGUUCGAAAACUGAUAGACAAGCUUAAGGAUACAGAACAAUCUAGAAGGAUAAGUGCAUCAACUACCAAAAAGUCUAUAGAUUUGAUCCCUGACAUAUCAGAUGUGACAGAUACAAGCGGCGCUGGUUCUUCUGCUGAAGAUCAACUUUGUCCAUGUCAUCGCAAAUAUAAACAUAAAAUUUCGAGUAAACACAUAUGUCCCAUACAUAAAUCCCCGAUUCCAAAGAGCACCUUGAGUAUAGAAGACAAGGCACAUCUAGAAAGAAUACGUUUGAGGUCUUCAUUGCCCACUUGUAGACUUCAUCGAGCAGGUAGUUGUAAAGAUGCUUCAGUAAAUCCCUGCCCAAUAGACACAGCAAGCCAAACUGAUGUAUGUCCGAAUGCUUCGAAUAUUUGCCCAAGAUCUAUGUCACCUAGAAUAUCUCCCUGCCCACAAGAAGUAUCGCCGCAAGUCAUUAUCAAAGAAUACCUUUGGGAUUCUGAGAAUUCCAAACUACUUGGCCCUGUGUAUAGGUUGCCGUGCUUAGAAGUGGACGGUUCAAGUGCUUCCGUGCCGUCUUUACAUAGGCCUUUGCAAAAAUGUGUUAGCAUCCAACCAAGUCCUUGUGCGACACCUUGUCAGAAAAAGUUUCCUUGUCCUCCAGGCACGACAACCCCCAAACCGUGUAUUAAUUUACGGUCUCCGUGCAUAUCACCACGUCAAUCGACAGCUCCGAAGCCGUGCAUAAAUUUGCCAAGAACUGUUAUACCGUCGCUAUCAAGUCAUUGUGAAAAUCGCUCAGUUAAUACUGUGCCUUGCGAGCCAAUUCCUCAAUCUCCGUGCCCGGCUCAGGAUAUCCCUUAUUGCUCGACCCCCCGACGCCCAAUGUGGCAGAGAACGCCAUGUUUCCCGCCAAGUUUCUCCAAACCUUGCAGUCCCAACGACACAGAAAGCGACGCAGGUGCAAGCAGAUGUUUCCCUCGAGUUAUCAACCUCGGCUCUUUCAACGAUGAUCCCAAACCAAGACGACGGUCAGAUUAUAAUGAUUGUCAAGACUUCAGACGGAGGAUAUACAGGAUGCCAAAGCCAUGUGUGGACGUGACAAGAUGCUGCAAAUGUCAAAACCGUAUACAAAGGAACAUGUGUAGACAGAGAGUUGGCACGCCGUGCCAGUCGAGUGAAAACGUCAGAUUGUGUUCUAAAUGCUGCGGGAUGCCGUGUCCGCAUCCCACAAGAUUGUUUUUUAGAUGAUGUUAUAUGUUUUGUAAUUGUUGUUUGUGGUGUUGUAUGAUUAAAUUGUGAAUCAUUGCUAUCAA